ACAGCAGAAAGCAACCCAAGUGCACAAGAAACUGAACCGCAUGAAAUUUCAUCACAGAAUGAAAAUGAACAGACAGAAUUGGAUGAUAGUAUGCCACCACUUUUAAUUGAAGUUGAUCAAGGAGGUUCUUCUUGGGAUAAUCUGAAAGGAAACCGGCUCUUCAAUCCUGCAUACGUAAUUCCCAAAAUUCUUAGCCUUCAGAGCAGCCACAAGAAGCAGUGCACUUUGGGUACAAUCCAAUUCAAAAAAGAAAUCAGAAAUGGCUUACAUUGUAAGUGGUUCAUGGAAUGUGAUGGCUGCAAUCGACAAUAUGAGAUACAGAAUGAAGAAUGUGAUAGCAGUGUAAUGAAUAGUACGGGGGCAUGGGCUGCUGUGUCAUCUGGCAUCGGAUUCACACAAUUAGAAAACAUUCUGAGCAUUUUAAAUGUUCCUUCAAUGUCAAAGAACACUUACAUAAAGAAAGAAGUAGAACUAGAUAAGGUUUGGAGCGAGAACUUGGACCGAACCAUAUCAGAUGCAGGGAAAGAAGAAAGAGCUCUGGCUAUUCAAGAAGGAGAUGUAGACGAAGAUGGCAUUCCAUUUACUACAGUCAUUGUGGACGGUGGAUGGGCCAAGCGUUCUUACGGGCAUAAAUACAACUCUCUUUCAGGAGUGGCAGUGAUCAUAGGCCAAAGAACAGGAAAACUUUUGUUCUUGGGCGUAAAAAAUAAGUAUUGUACCAUCUGUCGUCUUCAUUCGGGAGCAGAUAAAGAACCGAAAAAACAUUUCUGCUACAAAAACUGGAGCCAACAAAAGCCAUCCACAGCGAUGGAGCAAAGUGUUAUUGUAGAAGGUUUUUGUAACAGUAUACAAAUGCAUGGUUUAAAGUACAAAUACUUCGUGGGUGAUGGAGAUUCUAGUGUUUAUGCAAGAAUCAUUCAAAAUGUCCCUUAUGGACGUUUUGUGCACAAACUUGAAUGUGCUAACCAUUGCAUACGCAACUAUACCAGUCACCUGCAUACCUUGGCAAGUGAUAAGAGUUUUGACCCAGAGGCUCGACGGAUGCUCAAAUCAGUCAUUCCAAGGCUAACUUCUGCAGCACGAGGUGCCAUAAGGCACUGUGGGAAAGUGGGUGAGAAAGCUGAAGACCUAAUUAAGGACUUGCGAAAUGGUCCAAAUCAUGUAUUUGGAGACCAUUCUGAGUGCCGACCUUACUUUUGCGAAGGCAAUGAAUCUGAUGGUAAAAGGGUAAAUAUUUUACUCGGAUCUGUAUUGUUUGACCAUAUUCAAGGUCUUUUAGGAAGCCUGGUAGCAAAAGCGCCAAGACUUGUGGAAAAUAAAACAAGCAAUGCAGCUGAAUUUUACAUGAGUCUUGUUGCAAAGUUCAAUGCUGGAAAACGUCUCAACUUUACUCAAAGAGGAUCUUUUCAAAGACGAUGCCACGCCGCGGCUUUAAGAUUUCAGAAAGGCCACGCUUGGGAAAUAAGCCCUUUCAGGAAACUGGCAGGAAGAAGCCCUGGACUGAGUCAUUAUAAGGUUAUCCGAAAGAGACAGCAGACAUUAACACGCCGUAAAUUGCAGUUCCAUGACGACUUCCCUAAAAAGAAAAGAAGCAAAACUGAUACAACUCAUCCAGCAGACAUCGACUAUGGACCAAGCUCUGAACAAGUAGAAGAUGAUCCGUGUGACGAGAUUUCAGAUGCACAGCUAGCAGAAAAGUGUGAGAACUUUGUUGAAUCUCUGAAUGUGACCUCUGAGCAGCAAGAAGAAAUUGCCAUUCAAACUAAAGAUCAGGCGAAUUGUAUAAUCUGGCAUGAACUUAGGCGAGUACGCUUAACAGCUAGUAAUUUUGGAACAGUGUGCCGAAGAAAAGAAUCAACUCCAUGUGCGAACUUGGUGAAAAAUCUUUUGUACAAACCCUCUGUGAAUACCAAAGCUACAGAAUACGGUCGCCGCAAUGAACAUGUUGCUAUUAAAAGGUUCGAAGCACUAACAGGCUUGAAUGUAGAGAAGAGGGGACUGUACAUAGAUGUAGAAAAUGGGUUUUUAGGAGCUAGUCCAGAUGGAAUUGUGGUCACAGAAAAUGCUACAAUUGAAGUAAAAUGUGUUCCAUCAGGCAUAUCUACUGGGCUUCAAGAGCUGGCCAGAAGUAAGAAAGGAUUCUUUCUCCAAGAAAUUGCCAGCAAGAAGUUACAGCUUAAAACCACACAUCAUCACUUCUAUCAGAUCCAGGGAACUUUAAAUAUAACAAAAAAAGAUUUUUGUUAUUUAAUUGUCAUGACUGACACAAAACAAGAUUUGUUUGUUGAAAAAGUUCAACGAAAUGAAGAUUUCUGGAGAAAUGAAAUGCUGCCCAAACUCACGCGAUUCUAUAAAAAGUGUUUACUACCCGAAAUUGUUGAUUCACGAGUUAUUAGAGGAAAACAAGUGAGAGAGCCAGAGUAUAUAUCAAAGGCAAAAGAAGAAAUAAAUGCAAAAAAGUCCAAAAAAUCUUAGUUUCUUUUGUAAAGUUGUGAUGUUUUUUCGCCUUCAAAUAAGCAUAAAUUUUACCUGCACUUACAUUUAAAGUAAUCCACGUAUGUUAAACAGCAUCAGUGCCAUUGUUACUGGUAUUAUUUACAAAAAACUUCAAUACGAAUCCUUCAAAACAUAUGAACAUAUACACUUUUAUUCUGUUCAUCGUGUACUUAAAUAAAAAGGGUUAACUUUAUGUUUUGUAACAUUAUGAUGUUUAGAAAAUAUACUUAGUAAAUGCCGAGUUUCCGUUUGUAAUUUAGAACACAAAUAUUAUCUAGUACGUAAUAAAUAAAAUAGGAAAUAAUAGAAACACAUAUGAUAUUCGCUAAACAGAAUAACAUAUAAUGAUGAAACUGUAGUAUGUUUUCUUUUUUAAUUUUAAUAAAAUUUAUUUUCUAUUUCUAAAAACUGUAAUUGCUGCUAAGUAUUUUUAAGUGUUUGCAAAUAUCAUUUCUGAAAAAAAGUACAUAUAUGUAAUUUUGUUAAAUGUUAUUUUUAUAACUCACUAUGUUUCACUGUUUUACAUUGAAUCUGCUGAUGUAUGUAUAUGUAUUUAUUUAUUUUGUAGAAACUGUAAAGUAGCAAUGAUAAAAGUUGAAAGAGAGGGUCCAGACAGCAUGUUUUUCUUCGUAACGAUGAGAUUGUAAACUGGGCUUUCAUGAUAUAUAUGGAGGUAUGGUUAUUUAUUUUCAGCUAAUUGUGAUAAAAGCAGGAAAUAUACCAAGUUAAAGUUAAGAUUUUAAUGAAACUGUCAAUGCACAUAGAUUACGAUGAUAGGCAUAUAUUACUAAGCCUGUGUGGAACGCUGCUUGAAAACCUGACAAUUACAUGAGCAUCACGCAUUUACGCACUAAUUCACCUAGUAUUUCUUAAAACUAGAAUAAAUACUGUCUUGUAAUCGAAACCAGCAUUUUUAUUUUAAAACAAAAUUUUGUCAGGUUUAGACAAGAAAAGUAUAAUUAUGCUCCGUAGCUAUCCACGCUAAAAUAAGCUGCCACUUAAUUUUAAGUUUAUAACUUGGAUAUUAAUGUUACAAAUAAAUAUUAUUGAGUAUCUUUAUGAGCAAAGUCGUCUAGUUACUAAUGCAAUGUAAAUUUAAUACAGAAUUUAAAAAAAAGGUAAUAUUAAAAUUGAUAUUUAACAUAGCAAAAAUUGUUUGACCAAUAUAUUCGACAGUAUAGUGUUUAAACUGCAUAUUCAAGUAUUUACACUGCUAAUUGCUAGUAUUGUAACCCGAAAAAAACAUUUGGGGUUUUGUUUUUAUUUAAAGUUAAUCAUAGUAUGACACAAAUUUUAUGUACUUACGUGUGUUAUUGUUAGGUAUAUUUAUAAGAGACUACCUAUUGUGGCCGUCACCGCAGUACUAAUUUCGGAAAAUGUUUGUACCCUUUUCGUCUCAUGUCAUAAAAGGUUUUUUAAACUUUCCUUUUAUGUUAGUGUAAUGCGUAUUAUGAUGUUUAAUUCUAAUAAUGUAACCGAUUGUGCAAUUGGCAAAAGAGCAAAGAUUCUGGAGUGUCAAUGUAACCACUCUUAAGUUGUAAAGUGUUAUCGUGUACAAUAAAAAGACUUCGAAUUUGAAUUUGUCCAUAGAUCCCAAAACAAGUGUCAACGCAAAAUUUGUGUGUGUGUGUGUGUA